AAUUCACCCUGGCAACGGCUGACAGACGCUAUGGCAACCACUACAGAGAUAAUCCCUUCCUGACAACUAGCUAAACCCGCAUUUUCAUUACGUGUAUUAUGAUUAUGAAAAUAACAGUGCGUAGAGCGUGUCAAAAAUGUCAGAACUAGUUAUUCUGUCAAAUUAGCCUAGUUAACUUACAAGCGACGGAACCGUUAGUAGGAGAAAAGAAAGAGAACGAGUCAAACUGCUGUUGACCGCAGAGACUGAAAUGAAUGAGCAGCCUACAAAAAUAGUCUCUGCGUGAUUUAGCGUCGCAUUUGGUCAAUAUUCCGCAUUUGAUUUGAAUUAAGUAACAAGCGCUUCACUUCGCCUCUGUGGGAAUGAUUUAACAACCUGGGAAGCUUUUAGACGUUUCCAGGGAUGUUUGCCAGGGAACAUUAACGCUCAACUGACCGACCGCUUUAAAGACGUUCCCUGGUACGUUAACUUAGAUUGAUAGUAACGUCAGUGAAGAAAGCUCGCACAUGUCAGACUGGAAAAACACUUUCGAGAGAAACCGCGUGAUCCCGCCUCACAGUCAAACAGCCAGACAAGCUCCAGGAGCUUCUCAAGGUCUGCAGCUGGUCUUCAAACAGAUCGAUGGACUUCACAUAAAACAGUCAGAGUCACCGCCAUCACUCCAGUAUCAGCUGCGUGUGACCCUCUUUGACUCGGGUCACCAGCUCUUCUUCGGGCGCACAUGGAAGAGCGGCUCACACUCUGUCAGUGGCAUGCAGGGUCAGAGCAGUCGAGUGCUCUUCAAUGAGGUGGUGUACUUCCACACUUCCCUGUGUCUGAGUUCUGUGGUGGCAGUGGUGGAGUUGGUGUCUCUGUCUACCAGGGCAGACGGUUCCCAGGAUGCAGUGGGAUCAGGUUUUGGACUCCUCCAGCUCUUCACAGGGCAUGCAGACUCUAGUAUCUCUCAGGGAGAGGGCAGGUUGAGUCUGUUCAGUGGGACCCCUAGAGCCCUCCUGCACCCAAAGCUGAAAGACCCUCUGCAGUUGAAUGCCAUGUUAUCAGUGAUGGAGGGCUCUCAGCUGCUCUACUUCAUUCAGCCACACCCAGCUCUCAUUCCCAUCAUGCACCUGCUCCCGCCCAACAUUCUAGUGUCUGGACAUGACAGCAUCCCUGGUGUGGUGUCGUCCACGGACACAGGCACAGCAGAUGCGCUGCGGAAGCCUCGUCUGUUGAAGAGCUUCUCGUGUGUGUUGGAGGGCCUACGUGUGGCACUCUUCCCCUCCAUGGAGGUCUUCGAAUCUGACCUGCUCCAGCUGCUCAACAGAGACUGCCAGAAUACAAACAGGGGUGUGGAGGGACGCUCGGUUGUGGUGCAGGAGCGCAGGCUGCUGGUUGGGGUCCAUAACGGCUGGGGUUGGAACAGGGGUGUGGAGGGACGCUCGGUUGUGGUGCAGGAGCGCAGGCUGCUGGUUGGGGUCCAUAACGGCUGGGGUUGGGUGGAGAAGCCUCAUGUGUUGGUGCUGGAACGUGAGGCCGGAGGGAGCGGAGAGGCCAGAGCUCGUGGAGCCAGUGCAGGCAGCAGCUUCAGGCAGACCUCUACGGACAAACUCAGUGAUGGACUGUCUCUUCGUGGCAGUGUGGAGCUGAAAAUGAUGAGGGACGUGGCUUUCAGCAUUGUCUUCCAGCUCCAUUAUGUUUUCUCUUGUCCUCUGGCUGGAGAUGGGCAGAUGACAUCCACAGCUGUGCCCAGAGCAGCGUUUAUGCAGUGUGUGCGUUGGUGUGCUUGGAGUCUGUUUUCGGAUCCUGAGGGCCCCGGAGAGAAUGUGUGCCUCAACUUGCAGGGCAGUGCUCUCCCCAACCCUUGGGGUGUCAUGGUCUACUCUGCAAGCACAGAGCAGAUCUGUUGA